UAGGGUUGGGUCGCGGGCACCCGGGCGACGGCGUUGCGAGUUCGGGUCUCGGUGGCUCCGGCGAAGAGGGCGGUGAAGGGAAGUGACUGGCCGCGGAAGUAGUCGUGAGAUUAUUGCCCCUUGCUACCGUUGGAAAUCUUUUUGGAAGCACUAUUCUGUGGGUUUCUUCUUUAAAACAUCUGCUUCAUAUAUACAGACCUGAAGAAAAUGAAUAAAGAUGCGCAAAUGAGAGCAACUAUUAACCAAAAACUAAUUGAAACGGGCGAGCGAGAACGCCUUAAAGAAUUACUGAGAGCCAAAUUAAUUGAAUGUGGCUGGAAAGACCAGUUAAAGGCACACUGUAAAGAUGUCAUCAAAGAGAAAGGACUAGAACAUGUUACUGUUGAUGAUCUGGUGGCGGAAAUCACUCCAAAAGGCAGAACUUUGGUUCCCGACAGUGUCAAGAAAGAACUUUUACAAAGAAUAAGAACAUUCCUUGCUCAGCAUGCCAGCCUUUGAUUCAUCCGUUGAGUUGUUGCCAUGUUGUGUUAAGUGAAUCAUGCUGGAAACUGGAAAACAUUUUUUUUCUUUUAUGCUUUAGGGUGAAAGUUAACUUUGUUUUUUUUUACAUUUAGUUACUGGAAGUGUACUUUGCUACACUGAAAUUAGUCUUGAUAUUUUAAUAAAAAAAACCCAAACACCUUAUGGCAUAUGUUGGAAAGAAGCUCCAUUUCUUGUCAUUAAAAGUAUGUUGUGUGGCUUACUGUGAA